AUGUCCGCGACUCAGUCAGUCGCCGACUCCGUUCUGGGUUUAACUCAAUCCGAGUUGUUUCUCCUCCGACAACAGCAACAAAUCCUGGCCCAGCGCAGUCACCAAGGUGGCGGCAUGCCCGACCGUGGCCGUGGCACUAGCAGGCAGUCGCAGCCUAGCUCCCGCGCUGUCAGUGCCGCCAGCAGCCAGAGUGUCCCCGGGCGGAUUAUGCUGGAUCCUCAUAGUCUGCAGGCUUUGUAUGGGCACCUGGAGAAUGUCAUGAGGAGUAUCCAGCGACGAAUCGGUGAGCUCGAAGACGCCACCGAACAGUCGGUCAGGAACUCCAGCAGCCGAGCUGGAGGCGUCGUGCAAAAUGCGGACAACGAGAUCGCCAGGAUGCGGCGCAUCAUGGCCGAGAUCGACAAGCUCGAGGAAGAAUUUGAGAAGAUCAAGCGGAUUCGGGACAAGAUCAAGAGCAUCCGAAACAACGUGGAUGAGCUGAGUGACAGGCUCGACCGCAGUCGUCCAAGCGGCCACAGUUCUGGCGGAGCACGAACUCGGCGCUGA